AGCGGGAGGUGCGCGAGGAGAAGCGGAGAGCCGUGAAAGGAAAAGCUAACUCCACACGUAUGCUCCUCCGUAGAGAAAAACAACGGACUGCUGGUCAUCAUAAAAGGAGCCAUGAUAGGAUGAAGAGGAUUAAGGACAAGAACAAGAGAGAACAACAACUUCUAGGGGCUCCGCAAGGAGACUGUCAGGAGAGAGAACAACAACUUCCAGCUGGAGGUCUACAAGAAGUUCCACGAGGAGCAGGCUUUCAAGUAGGGGAAAUGGAG